AUGGCCACGCACACACGAACCCGCAGCGGCACCCUAAGCGGACCCCAUGCCGUCUCUCUCAAAGUCCUCCGCCUCUCCCGCCCCUCGCUCGCAUCCCAAACCCCCCUCCCUCCAACCAACUUCGCCAACAACUCCUCCAUCGACAUCCCACCCUCCGCGGGCCUCGCCUCCCCAAACGGGGACCCGAAAUCCGGCUUCCCGCUCACGCCCCUCCUCACCCUGCCCGCCGCCUUCGGAGCCGCGUACGUCGGGGAGACGUUCACCUGCACCCUCUGCGCCAACAACGAACUCUCCCCGGACACGGCCACGCACCGCAAGAGCAUCACGUCCGUGAAGAUCACCGCCGAACUGCAGACACCCAGCAAGCCCGACGGGCACCAAUUGCAGCUCGAGAAGAGCUCCGAGGGCGAUCUCGAAGACGGGAAUCCAUUGCUUCCGGGGAAUACCCUCCAACGCACUCUGAGGUAUGAAUUGAAAGAUGAGGGACCUCACGUCUUGGCGGUGACGGUCACGUAUACCGAAACGCUGCAUACGAGUACCGGGGAAGCGGCGACGGCGGGGCGCGCGAGGACGUUUAGGAAAUUGUAUCAGUUUGUCUCGCAGCAGUUGUUGGCUGUACGGUCGAAGAUCACGGAGUCGAAGAGGGAGACGGGGGUUUCCGCGCGGCGGUGGAUCUUGGAAGCACAGUUGGAGAAUGUGGGGGAGGCGUCGGUGGUGUUGGAACGGGUUGGGUUGAGAGAGAAGGAGGGGAUCAGGAGUGAGGAUAUGCAGGGGGAGGAAGGGAGGGAGGCGGUUGUGUUGAAACCGCAGGAUGUGGAGCAGGUCAUGUUUGUGCUUGAAGAGGUGGAGAAGUCGGACGAGGGUGGUGGGAGGGUACCGCUUGGACAGUUGGACAUUGACUGGAGGAGUGCGAUGGGCGAAAAGGGAAAUCUGACGACGGGAUGGUUAUCGAGCAGAGGGCGAUGA